CCUCUCUCUCUCUCUCUCUCUCUCUCUCUCUCUCCUUACCCUCCUCGCCGUCGCGGUCUCUGUCUCUCGCGGCCGCCGCACACCAGUCGCGCAAGCAAGGGGAGAGAGAUUGUCGAGCUGUUUCGAUUCAAGCCCUAGGACACAAAAUCUUCUCCCCCAUGUGAAAUUGUUUGGUUGAGUUGAUAGGCCUGCUACAGAAUGUUGAAGAAACUUAGUCGGGCACACCUGACGCUUCAGACAAAUGAACGCCAGGUUUGCCAGAGAACGCCGAGUCCGGAACUGCCGGCGAUCGAUUGGAAAUGACCCAGCGAUUCGAUAACCCUGGCUGUGGCAUCUUUCAUUGGUUUUAAGAUACAUCUAUUGCUGCUUUUACGAAGGAAACAUGCGUGUCCCUUACUAUUCCUCGCUUGUGCCAACUCAAUUGCUUUUUGUGCCCCCAAAAGACUUCUGCUUUUGUCCCUGGCUUCUUUCGAUUAAAGAAGGAAGAUGGAACAGUGCCUGUAGAUUAACAAUCCCUGUAGAGUGUCUCGCAAGCUUGUUGUAACACACGUCCCCUGUUCUAGUGCUUUAUAUGCUCUGGAGUCGCUGUCUAUUUCUAGUUCUGAAGAGUGACUUGCAAGCUUGUUAUACUACACGUUCCCUGUUUCUAGUGCUGUAUAUGCUCUGCUGUCGCUGUCUAUGACUUGCUCAAUGAGGAUUAGACUGUUAGCAACAUCUUAAGUAAGUUGUUUCCCAUUGAGCUUCCCAAUUUCUGGGAUUAAGUGAUUUAAUACCCAGGAAUGAGGGCAUGUAAUUGUGUUAAAUCUAGUUUGACUUAGUUUAGUGAAAACUACAGCAGUAUGCAUGUCAGGGGACGGAAGAAGGUCCUUUGGCUCGCUUUAGAAAAAGAAUGUGUCUGAAAUGGGUUCUCUGGGUAUCAAGAGUAAGAAGUAAUCUUAUAUGGUGACAGGCUUUGAUAAGAGUUGGCCAGAGAGACAGAGAGAGAAGGAGGGCAGAUGGAACCGUGUAUGCUCAGUAUUUCGGGUGGAGCAGAAGCAGUUUUAGAUCUUCAGGAAAAUUCUUCAAUCUCUGUUGCUUAUCACCCUCUUUACGGCCCACAUGAUGACCUAAUUCUUCUUGAGCUCGAUGAGAAGCUUCUUAAUGAUGUCAUUCACCAGAGGGUGUUCUUAAGGGGACAUCCUGAUGAAAAUGCAGUUUUCUGUACUCAGUCUAAGACAUAUGCUGUGAAGUUUGUGGGUUCUUCUAACUCUGUACUCCUCAUACCCUCUUCAAACCAAGUGCCAGAGGAUGGAGAUUCACAGUAUGGUAACCAGAAGAAGUGCGAUCGUGAUGUUGCAUCUGUCAUCAAAUUGGCACCGGGUCAUUUGGAGCUUGUUGAGAUUGCUCCUAAACUGGAUAAGAUUAAGCUGCUUCUAUCAGAGAAUCCUUAUAAGCUUGAGGAUGUUUCAGCAAUGGAGAUGGAAGAGACAGAAACAAAGAAAAUUGGAUUGUAUAGAUGGCAUGAUCUUGUAAAUGAAGUCCAGGCAAGUGAAGAGGAGCUGAAAUCUGGAUUGAAGGCUCUUUCAGCAGUAGAGAUCGGUGGACAUUGGAGGUUGGUAGAUGAAUCUUGCAUUGGCAUGAUCCUGAAAAUGCUUUUGCACAACUCAGUCUUGAAUGACUGGACGCUGAGUGCACUCGACGAAGAUGAAGUUCUCAAUGUUCUGGAAGCAGACGGUUUCCCUCGCAACAUAGCACAUCACUGUUUAUCAGUGUAUGGUGAUAAGGUCAACAAGGGUGAAGGCAGAUGUGUCUGGAGACUAAAUGAGAGACGGGUUUGUGUGCAUUAUGCUAGAGAUGUCCUUAGAGAUGGGAGAAUGAGAAUUGAUCAAUUUAUUGACGAGUGGAAGAAGAGGGUGCCUGAGGAGAUGCUUGCCAAUUUUGAGAUGUUAGAUGGCGAAGUUUUGAAGGAAAAGCUUGGGGUUGAAACAUGGGUACGACCAUUUAAGGUUUCUUCAUUGCCAUCUGACCCAUCUGAGCGGUUCUCCAUUCUUUUCAAAGAACGUCCCAAAUGGGAUUGGAGGGACCUAGAACCCUACAUCAGGGAUCUGAGUGUUCCUGGUCUUUCUUUGGAAGGUUUACUCCUGAAAUUCACCAGGAGAGUGCAAGCUAGCUCUGAAGCAGAACCUGUUUUCAGCGCAAGAUAGUUGGCUGACUUAAGAAGAUUGAAAUUUUCUCAGGUUUGUCCUUUAGCAUCCUUGUGAAUAUUCUGAAUGCUCAAGGGAGGUCACCUAAAUGAAAACCAAAAUUCAACAUCCUUCCGCACAAGAGAAUGUCCAUGCCUCAUCAUUUUGUUUAAGUUAAUGGAAAAAAUUUGUGUAUGUGUUCUAGAAUAACUGCUUAAAACUGACCAGGGCCAAAAGACGACUAAUUAUGCUCUCCUGGUGGGUUCUGUUAUGGCAAGGCAAAUCCGGAGAUGUGGUUAUUGUGUCAGAGUAUUAUGGCAAUUGACUCCCUGUGGUGUAUUCUGACUGUCAACUGUAUGGCUUUGUCACAAAUUGCUCUACACAAUUCUGGGCAAGAAG